CUUUGAAUAAUCGAUCGUAUAACUCUAUAUAAUUGAUCGUAUAGCUUUAUAUAAUCGAUCGUAUAGCUUUUAAUAUUAGAUCGCAUAGAUUCAUAUACUAGUUCACGUAGAUUUAUAUAACCAAUCGUAUGGCAAAAACUGAUCGAUAGUAUAGCCAAAGCUAAAAAAUUGUUUAGCUUAAUUUAGACAAUCCUUUAGAAAAAGCUAUACGAUCAUUUAGCUUUUGCUAUAAGAUCGUUUAGCUUUUCAUACUCGGUCCUAUAGCCUUUUAUACUCGAUUUCAUAUCUUUUAAUACUUGAUCAUAUAUGUUUGUUAUAUUGUAGAUGGCGCACUCAGUCCCAGUUGAGAAAUAUUUUCCUACUACUAACUUGCUUGGCCCACAUUGGCAAGACGAAUGCACUGAUUAAGAAGAAUUUAACAAAAACAUAGGGCGUGUUCCAGAAAACGUACUUUGGUCCACUAUUUGAUGUCGACCUUGUAUUCAAUGGCCAGCUUAUGCCUCAUUUUCUUCUAAAGGAGGUCACCGAUGAGAAUCUAGAUGUCGUAAGCUUCAACAUCAAGGGGAAGAAGGUAACAUUCACACAAUAUAAUUUUAAUUUGGUUACUGGGUUGUGGCCGACAGAGGAAAGAUUGGAAAGGGAUACCAACUGUGAGAGGCCACGACAUCUCAUCCUCAUACCAAAGGUAGAUAGCAAGCCAAUUCUUUGUAAGGAUGUGGAGGCUGCAUUUGAAAAAUUCAAAUUUUCGAACGACGAAGAUGUCGUGAAGGUUGCAUUGGCAUUGUACAUUGAAAUUGUGAUAGUGGGGAAAUACAAGAAAACCCAAUUCAAUUUGAAGACAUUUAGGAUCAUCGAUGACACUGAAGUCUUCAGACAUUAUGGCUGGUCCUCGAUCAUAUAUAAAUGAACAUUGGAAAGUCUGAUGAAUAUUUUGCGCGGCAAAAAGGAGGUACACAAAUUAAGGAGACAAUCAAAUCCCAAAUAUGUCACAUGUUACUGCGUAAAGGGAUAUGCACACGCAUUUCAGGUAUGGACUUAUGAAUUAUUCUCCACAUCUAGUAAGUUCAUAGCUACCAAAGUUAGCAAGAAUGCAAUCCCACGUAUUUUGAAGUGGACAUGUUCGGUAGCGCCAUCCUGGAACCUGCUACAAAGGGAUGUCUUCCAACCCAAAAAUACUAUUGUUAUGCUAAAACUUAUACUGAUGGAAGAUGAGAUAAGGUACAAAGAGGACCAACUAUUAAGGCUUGAUGUGACCCUUUGAAGAAAGAAGAAUGAUUGAUGAAAAGGCGCCAGUUUAUCAUGAUGAGGCUACUGUGGGACAUGGUGAUCAUGAUGAGCACCAAAUGACCAAUUCUCCUCAAAUUCUUCAGUCUCAUACAGAGCAGUCUGACACACGUAAGAAGAGGUUAGUUAAACAUGCAGAGAAGCACACAAAAUCCUCAUAAAAACACAAGAAAAACAAGUCUGAUAGGGUUAUACGUGAGGAACUAUCAAAAAUUCGCAAUGAUUUGUAAACUUAACUAGCAUGGUUCGUCGGGUGAAGAGCUAACAGAAGUUCACAAGCUCUGCAUCUAGAGUUUA